AUGGGGCUGACCAUACCAGCAAUGCCGCUCAUGGCGCUUAUCCUGGGCCGCUUGACGGCCAACAUUACGGGCUUCGGGAAGGUUGGCAGUACUGCUUCUCCGAGCCAGUUCAUGAGCCAGAUAUCCGCCAACGCGCUGUGGUUCGUGUACUUGUUCAUUGCAAAAUUCAUUCUCGUCUACAUCUGGGGCCUGGGCUUCACGUUUACAGCAAACCGCACUGUUCAAGCUCUUCGACUUACAUGUCUACGUCGAGUCUUGCAUCGAAGUGUCGUCUACCACGAUGCAAAAACGCCGGGCAGCCUUUCCAGCACCAUCACGGCACAAUGCGAUGCGAUUCAAGCGUCCCUCGCAGACCGUACAGGAGUCUUGAUCCAAGCUCUCUCCAUGCUCAUAUCAGCAUUCGCCGUUGCCUUCUCGCAAUCAUGGCAGCUGACGAUUGUCAUGCUGGCGGUCGUGGUUCUUACCAUGGCCUUAAUGGGAUUCAUAGUAGGAAAUGAUCAGAAAUUGGAGGCGAAGCUUCUUAAACGCUACGAGGAAUGCAGUCUGAUUGCAGAGGAUGCGUUAGGGAGCAUCAAGACAGUUGUGGCUUUCGGCGCAGUCAACAAAUUUUUGGCCAAGUACGACAUCGUCCUAGCGCAGGCCCAAAAGGUCGGCAAGAAGAAGGGGCCGCUGGUCGGCAUGAUGUUUGCCUCGCAGUACUUCUUCAUGCUCAUCGCCUGGGCUAUUGGCUUUUGGUUCGGUGCCUACCUCUACACUCACGGUCACAUCUCAGAUCCAGGUAGGAUUCUUGCCGUCUUCUUUUCCACACUCAUUGGGCUUGGGGGGACCAUGGUUCUCGGUCCAAAUGUGCCACUCUUUGUCAAAGCCGUAGCGGCCGCAGGCCAUGUCUUUGAACUCUUGGAUAACCUUGAAGGCCAGGAUGAAGAAGCCUCGGAGGAAACACUGCCAGCCCUAUCCGGUCGCGGCACCUCCAAGGGCCAUCUUCAGCUGCAAAACGUGACAUUCGCCUACCCCUCCCGGCCAGAUCGGAACGCCCUGUCAAACAUCAAUCUUAGAUUCACACCAGGCACAUCCACGGCCGUUGUGGGCCCGUCAGGGGCUGGAAAAAGCACCCUUAUUUCUCUUCUGGAGCGAUGGCUUGUGCCGACCUCCGGCACCAUACUCAUAGACGACCAUGACAUCUCCAGCGUCAGCGUCAAGUGGCUGAGAAGUCAGAUUGCGCUUGUGCAGCAAGAGCCUCAGCUCUUUAAUGCUUCCAUCUUUGACAACAUCGCCCACGGCCUGUCUGGCACCGACUUUGCCAAUGCAUCACCUCAGGACAAGGCCAGGCUAGUGGAGGACGCAUGCCGCGAGGCGAGGGCGACAGAAUUCAUCGAGAAGUUGCCCAAGGCAAGUCCCUUCUACCAUGACAGUAAGUCUUCUACUGACACCCUGCAGGGACUGGAGACGAACGUGGGUGACCAAGGGUCGUUACUCUCAGGGGGACAGAAGCAGCGAAUAGCGAUAGCUCGAGCUUUAAUCGGUCAACGUCCUAUUUUGUUGAUGGAUGAAGCUACAAGCGCCCUAGACAACGAGAACAGCAAGGUCAUCGAGUCGCUCAUGACUAGAUCCAGCAACUGCACGACAAUUUUUAUCUCUCACAAGAUACGAAGCGCGAUGCGAGCUGAUCUUAUCGUGGUACUGGACGAGGGCAGAGUCGCCGAGCAAGGCACACACGACCAUCUCAUGCGCGCCGACGGCUUGUACAAGCGACUGUACGAUACCCAGACAAGCAGGGAGCCGGAGCAGGAUGACAUUGAGCAGGAGGUGGAGAUCUUGGCUCAAAAAGAACCUGUGGCCGUCGAAACUUCCGCUGUGUUGCCAGACUUGAUCGAGCGCGAUGUCAUGUUCGGAUCGGACAAACGUUCUCUCUUCUCUAAUGUUUGGGAGAUAACCAAGGAGAAUCGGCAUUACUGGCCCAUCUUCCUGAUUGGCCUCUGCGCUUGUGUUUUCACAGCGCAACCGUUUCCAGCACAGGGUAUCCUUCUUGGGCGAGUCCUGGAGGUGUUUCAGGGCCCAACGGACAAGAUCAGCUCCAAGGCCAAUUUUUAUGCUUCUAUGUUCCUCGUCGUCGGCUUCGGUGCUCUGAUAUCAUACAGCGUCAUGGGAUUCUUCCUGACAAUUCUUGGGGUUCACAUCCUGAAGUUCUACCGUCUCGAAUACUUCCGCGCCGUGCUCCUCCAGCGGAUGGACUUCUUCGAUUGUACGUCUUCGGGGCUCCUUGUCUCCCGCCUGUCCUCCGAUCCGUCGAAUUUACAGGAGCUGAUCGGGAUCAAUCUGGGUCUGCUGAUGUCGAUGUUCAUACAAGUCAUAAGCGCCGCCAUCAUCGGUCUGGCGUUUUCGUGGAAGUUCGCCUUAGUCGGCAUCUUCGGCGCGCAGCCGGUAGUCUUUGCCGCGGGUUACGUACGGUUCAAGUUGGACUCUGCUCUGGUCCAGGCAACAACGAGCAUUUUCGAGGACAGCGCACGCUUUGCCUCGGAUGCUCUGUCCGCGAUUCGGACCGUUAAGGCCUUUACGCUGGAGCCGACGGUGCAGGAGACUUACCAGCAACACCUGUCUUCGACAAUCGGGACGCUGCAGCGUAAAACGGCGACUAUAAUGCUGUUCUUUGCGCUGUCGGAAAGCAUCGAGCUUCUUGCGCUGGCCCUGUCGUUUUGGUAUGGCGGCAGAUUGCUUAGCAGGGGGGAGUUAUCUACGGCCAGCUUCUUCACCGUCUUCAUUGCUGUUAUAUUUGGUGGCCAGGCUGCGGGUGCCAUAUUUGGAUACACUUCCAAUGUGAGCAAGGCGAAACUCGCUGCGAGCAACAUUCUCUCCAUGCGCCAUCGAGUGCAGCCACAGUCAAAGCCCGAAUUACCUGAAAAUGCUGCCGAACCGAAAGACACAGACGUCGCCGUCCACUUCCGAAACGUCUCCUUCUCCUAUCCGGCUCGGCAAAACGUGCCUGUCCUGAAAGACAUCUCGCUACGGAUCUUGCAUGGCCAGACUGUCGCAAUCGUCGGGAGCUCGGGCUCCGGAAAAUCGACCCUGCUUGCCCUCCUGGAGCGCUUCUACGAUGUGCAAUCUGGAACUCUGGAGGUUUUCGGCAAGCCGGUCUCUCACCAUGAUCUAGACUCUUACCGCAGACGGCUUGCCUAUGUUCCGCAAGAGCCGCGGCUGUACAGAGGUUCCAUCCGUGACAACGUCGUGCUCGGCGUCGAUGAAGACAUCAUCACAGAAGCCGACGUCGCCGGAGCAUGCGACGCUGCGAACCUGACCGACCUCAUCGCCUCACUUCCGGAGGGCUACAGCAGCGAGUGCGGUGGUGUAUCUCUGUCCGGAGGCCAGAAGCAACGCGUUGCUAUUGCGCGGGCACUGAUUCGCAACCCGGACAUCUUGCUCCUAGACGAACCCACGAGUGCUCUCGAUGCGGAAUCCGAGAAGAUGGUGCAGGAUACACUCCAGAGUAUAGGCAGUGGCGGCGGCCGAACUAUGAUUAUCGUUACUCAUCGCCUCAAUACAAUCCGCCACGCCGACACCAUCUUCGUCAUGUCUGCUGGCCAGAUCGUCGAAAGGGGGACUCAUGCCGAGCUCAUGGCCCAACGAGGCUCCUACUUCCGCAUGUUCCAGUCUUCGCGUUCGGACUAGGUGUAGGUGUAUGUCUCAGGUCGGCUUCACUGCGCUUGGGAUGGUAUCGUAUCUCCAGGGUCUCACAUACUGUGAGUAGGGGUCAUGACAUUAAUAGAGCAGAAGGAUAGAGGGCUUCGACUGGUUGCAGAUGAUGCCGCCUUCUCCGCGAGCCUCAGUGCGGGUUGGGAGAAAGAGUGGUUAUAUACGGUGCGGUACAGUUGGACCGGCGGCAGCACAGUUGUACGUGAAAGGAAUUGAAUGUA